CUAAGAAAAAAAAAAAAGAAAAACCUGAAAAACCCUCCAAGGCUUGUUAUGGAGUUCGUGUGAACGAAACGCGGCUUUCCACCCUUCUUUACCAGUCAAACCAGUAUCGCUGGAUAGAACAUUCUCAAGUACAGCAACAGGUAGAGUGACUGGCCGCAAACUCCUUCGUGGCUCCCUCUGAAAAUAAUCUCCCCUCUUUUUUCUAACUCUUACCUCAAUUGAGUUUCCAGACCUUUUUGUUCGCUCUUCUUAUCACUUGGAAAAAGGUGAACCCUCGUGUUGUUUUUAGUUUAAUCUUUGCUUUAAUUGUAGCUUUUACCCUUGUGGUCCCUGAUGGCUUCGCACAGUGAUACUCUGGUGGUGUUCUUUGGGGCAACAGCUGGUGCAAAUGGGGGUAAACUGGGUUCGGAUGAGAGGGAAAUAAUUCUCUUGGUGUGGCAAAUUGUGGACCUACGUGAGAAAAAGGUGGGCAAGCUAAACAGAUGUCUUGUCAAGCCAGACACUUUGGAGCUUGCAGAUCAGUGCAAAGAGGAGACGGGCAUCAGUUUGGACGACCUUGUCAACGCUGAGCCCCUGGAUAACGUUCUGCAGCAGUUCCAGCAGUCAGUGACAUCGGAACUGAAGUGUCUCGACAGGAGCUCUUACACUCUUUGUGUCAACAGUCCCCUUGUCAUCCGACAGGCUCUUCACCCCGAGGCUUCCAAAAAGAAUCUCAUCCUUCCCGAGUGUUUCUUCUCAUUUGUGGACUUGAGAAAAGAGUUUGAAAAAUGCUGCCCCAACGCCGAGCCUACAAACAAGCUGGAGCUCGCUUCCAUGUUGGAACAUGUGGGUCUCGAUGCUGUGUCAGAGCAGCUGAUGGGGGUGAGGGAAGUGAGGAGCAUGGUGCAGCUGAUCCUCUGCAUCCUGGCUGAGCCUUACAAUCACAAUUUUUCCUGCGUGGAGACUGUGAAGUACAAAUUUGAUUCUGGCACGUGCAGUAAGACAGAGCCAGUAGACAACGAGACAAUCAUCAGAGCGCGAGGACUUCCGUGGCAGUCUUCAGACCAAGACAUUGCUCGCUUCUUCAAAGGCCUCAAUAUAGCCAAAGGGGGUGUGGCCUUAUGCCUCAAUGCUCAGGGCAGGAGGAAUGGCGAGGCCUUGGUUCGCUUCAUCAACUCGGAACACAGAGACUUGGCACUGGAACGCCACAAGCACCACAUGGGCAGCCGCUACAUCGAGGUCUACAAGGCCACAGGAGAGGAAUUCCUCAAGAUUGCAGGAGGCACGUCAAAUGAGGUGACUCAGUUCCUGUCCAAAGAAAACCAGGUGAUCAUCCGCAUGCGAGGUCUGCCCUUCACUGCCACGACACAGGAAGUCCUGGACUUCCUCGGUCCCGAGAGCCCGGUCACAGAGGGCGCAGAGGGUCUGCUGUUUGUGAAAUACCCAGACGGAAGACCAACGGGCGAUGCCUUUGUGCUUUUCUCCUGCGACGAGUACGCCCAAAACGCCAUGAAAAAGCACAGGCAGAUCCUGGGCAAGCGCUAUAUCGAGCUCUUUCGCAGCACUGCUGCUGAGGUGCAACAGGUGCUGACUCGCUACCUGUCGACCCCCCUGAUAUCCACGCUGCCCGCCGCGCCAAUAGUCCCCGUCCUCGCCACUCCGCCCUUCCUCCCGACGGCCAGCGGCACUCGCGACUGCGUCCGCCUCCGCGGCCUGCCAUACACGGCCGGCAUCGAAGACAUCCUGGAGUUCAUGGGCGAGCACACGACUGACAUCAAACCGCACGGAGUCCACAUGGUCCUCAACCAGCAGGGACGACCCUCGGGAGACGCCUUCAUUCAGAUGAAAUCCCCGGACAAGGCUUUUAUGGUGUCCCAGAAGUGCCACAAGAAGACCAUGAAGGACCGCUACGUGGAGGUGUUCCAGUGUUCCACGGAGGAGAUGAGCAUUGUACUGAUGGGCGGAACCUUGAACCGCAGCGGCCUUUCGCCACCGCCUUGCAAACUCCCCUGUUUAUCGCCUCCUGCAGCCUACGCCUUCCCCACCUCACCUGCCAUCUUGUCAGAGGCAGGCCUCUACCAGCCCCCCCUGCUGGCCGCUCCCAGACCUCUUCAGGCCACACACAGCCCCGCCUUGGCCUACUACCAACCUCAACCUCACCUCUACAUGAACAUGAACUACACAGCUUACUAUCCCAGCCCCCCAGUGUCCCCCUCCACAAUGAGCUACUUCGCAACCUCCCCAUCAGUGGUGGCCCAGCCUCACCAUGCGGCCGCGGCGGCAGCGGCCGCCUCGUCUCCGGUGCUGCCCCAACCUGGAGCUCUGGUGCGAAUGCAGGGCCUCCCCUACAACACCGGCGUCAAAGACAUCCUCAGCUUUUUCCAGGGCUACCAGCUCCAGCCGGACGCCGUCCUCAUCCUGUACAACUUCAACGGCCAGUGCAGCGGUGAGGCCUUGGUCACCUUCCCCAGCGAGGAGGCGGCGUGCCGGGCUGUGGCCGAGCGCUCCAGUCACGUCUUCUACGGCCAGCAGGUCCACUUGGCCUUCUGCAACUGACUGACUCCAAAUGCAUUUUGGCCAGCGCGUGUACAUGGCUGCUUCCUUCUUACCAAAGCAUUUGUCUGCACUUGUUUUUUUUAUUUUAUUUUUUAUUUUGUCAUGUCAUCCAAAUCAACAAUUAUUUUGUGCCAGCUUGAGCAGCCAAAAGCCAUACAGUCAAGUGGAAGGAGGAGGGUGUUUUGAAUGCCCGCUUUUCUGCAAUUGGAGCCAUCCGACCUCGCCUCCGGAUUUCAUAUUGCUGCUUAACAAACGUGCGAUGAACCAACUUUUGCGUUCCAUUUGGACUCUGCAGCUCCAAUGAAAACGUUAAGGACAACAAGGCAACUUUUUGACUUUGUGUGACAAAACUACUGAUUUUGUUUCCCCCCCCCCACUCUUGCCCCACAAUGCGCCUAGAUUAGCCAGAGUGCAACACUAGCACUCCUAUUGUUAAACCUCCAAUAAGGGAGGAGAUAUAUAUAUAUAUAUA